AUGCAGAGUUGCAGUGCUUCUCAUUCAGUUGACCAUAUUCCAGUUUACCCUUUUCUUCUCACUGCUCACUCUCAAGCAGAAAAUUUAAACUUCCUCUUCUACACUUCUCUGGCUAUGGCUGAACUCCAAGUAAUAGCAAGACUCGCGAUCAUCUUCACCUUCAUCGCAUUCCAUGCCAUUCUAACUUCCGAGGGAAGGUCAAUGAAAUCUGCAUGGAAGGACAAAUUCCAUUCAAUAGAUAACGAAAACCAAAUGCACGAACAAGCGUCGCGAUUUCUCACUCCGGGUCAGUCUCCUAGGAAUGAUGAUUGUUCUGAUGCGGGGAAGAAAACGGUUCCUUCACUUGCAGCGCAUGUUCAGGCAGCCAAUUUGGGCAAGCCAGAGGCAGUGUACAAGGAUGAUUUCCGCCCCACGAACCCCGGGAGCAGCCCCGGAGUGGGCCAUUCUUUGGUUGGCUUAAAGAAGGAAGCUGCUCGACCAAAAUCUCCGAGCAGCAAUGAGGAAGGGCUAACCGUCACGGAGACACCAGGCGAUUUCCAAUCCACUAGACCAGGUCACAGCCCCGGUGUCGGCCAUGUUUUUCAAAGCACGAAUGAAGAACCAAAAGCCUAAAUACUUGAAAAAUAGAAAGUUGAAGCUGUGUUGUGCAAGUCCUGUCUAUUCUGGUUCAGUUAGGUCUUACGUCCCAAUAUGCUAUCCUUCAGUUCCUCUGGAAAUUGUUCUGCUCAGUGUGUAUGAUAUUAUCUGUCAAUUUGGUAUUGAACUAUGUAA